AUGUUAAUUGUGUUUCAGUUGAAUUCUGACGGGUUCCUCCACCGAUCGUUCACGUCCACCGAAUGCUCUAAUCUCCAACCCACCAACUGCAGCUUCUACUCUCUCUGCCUUGAAUCUCGUUACCACUGCGGCCCAUCAGGCUAUCCCAUCGGCUACGGCCAGAAAUACUGCUCUGAAUUCGACACGAACCGCGAAAAGCUCAGCACCGCAGGCCAAGAGUGGAUGCGAACUGUGAUGCUGUGUCUCCAGCGGAAGCUUGUUCCGUUCGUUGGCGGCUCUCAGAACACCACCUGUGAUGACUUGAGUCCAUUCGCAUUUGGGACGCAUCCCUCAUGCUACGUGGACAGUGGGUUGUGCACUCUGCCAAUUCAAGACUGGGUGGCAAUCGUUGACAUUGUGUCACUUCCGACGCUAUUUGGCAGUUUGGAUGCAUUGAAGGAGACAGUUGAGGCAGGAAAGGAUUGUGCAGAGUUCUAUUUCUGGAUGCUUGGUCAACACAUCCACUGA